GGGGCUGCCUUUUAGCCGGACGCGCGGAGGUGGGCAAUCCGCUCCUUCCCUUGAGCAGUCCACGCCUUGUGGCGGCUUUGCGGAGUUGCUGCUUUGGCGGGAGUUGGCGGCUGGUGUGAGGUUUCUGUGGGGAGAAGGAGAGUGCCAGAGGUGACUGGUUCGUGGUUCUUCUAGGCUCUCAUGGCCACCAUGUUGGAAGGCAGAUGCCAAACUCAGCCAAGGAGCAGCCCCAGUGGCCGAGAGACUAGCCUGUGGUCGUCAGGCUUUGGGAUGAAGCUGGAGGCUGUCACUCCAUUCCUGGGGAAGUAUCGCCCCUUUGUGGGUCGCUGUUGCCAGACCUGCACCCCCAAGAGCUGGGAGUCCCUCUUCCACAGAAGCAUAACGGACCUAGGCUUCUGCAAUGUGAUCCUGGUGAAGGAGGAAAACACAAGGUUUCGGGGCUGGCUGGUUCGGAGGCUCUGCUAUUUCCUGUGGUCCCUGGAGCAGCACAUCCCCCCCUGCCAGGAUGCCCCACAGAAGAUCAUGGAAAGCACCGGGGUGCAGAACCUCCUCUCAGGGAGGGUCCCAGGAGGCACUGGGGAAGGCCAGGUGCCUGACCUUGUGAAGAAGGAGGUACAGCGCAUCCUGGGUCACAUCCAGGCCCCACCCCGUCCCUUCCUGGUCAGGCUGUUCAGCUGGGCGCUGCUGAGGUUCCUGAACUGCCUCUUCCUGAAUGUGCAGCUCCACAAGGGUCAGAUGAAGAUGGUCCAGAAGGCCGCCCAGGCAGGCUUGCCGCUUGUCCUCCUCUCUACUCACAAAACCCUCCUGGAUGGGAUCCUGCUGCCCUUUAUGCUGCUCUCCCAGGGCCUGGGUGUACUCCGUGUGGCCUGGGACUCCCGCGCCUGCUCCCCUGCCCUCAGAGCUCUGCUGAGGAAGCUUGGGGGACUUUUCCUGCCCCCAGAGGCCAACCUCUCCCUGGACAGCUCUGAGGGGCUCCUUGCAAGGGCUGUGGUCCAGGCGGUCAUAGAGCAGCUGCUGGUUAGUGGGCAGCCCCUGCUCAUCUUCCUGGAGGAACCUCCUGGGGCUCUGGGGCCACGGCUGUCAGCCCUGGGCCAGGCUUGGGUGGGGCUUGUGGUGCAGGCAGUCCAGGUGGGCAUCGUCCCAGAUGCUCUGCUGGUACCAGUGGCCGUCACCUAUGACCUGGUUCCGGAUGCACCGUGUGACAUAGACCAUGCCUCGGCCCCCCUGGGGCUGUGGACAGGAGCUCUGGCUGUCCUACGUAGCCUGUGGAGCUGCUGGGGCUGCAGCCACCGGAUCUGCUCCCGGGUGCACCUAGCUCAGCCCUUUUCCCUGCAGGAAUACAUCGUCAGUGCCAGAAGCUGCUGGGGCGGCAGACAGACCCUGGAGCAGCUACUGCAGCCCAUCGUGCUGGGCCAAUGUACUGCUGUCCCAGACACUGAGAAGGAGCAGGAGUGGACCCCCAUAACUGGGCCUCUCCUGGCCCUCAAGGAAGAGGACCAGCUCCUGGUCAGGAGACUGAGCUGUCAUGUCCUGACCAGUGUAGGGAGCUCUGCGGUGAUGAGCACGGCCAUCAUGGCGACGCUGCUGCUCUUCAAGCAUCAGAAGGGUGUGUUCCUGUCGCAGCUCCUGGGGGAGUUCUCCUGGCUGACGGAGGAGAUACUGUUGCGUGGCUUUGAUGUAGGCUUCUCUGGGCAGCUGCGGAGCCUGCUGCAGCACUCACUGAGCCUGCUGCAGGCGCACGUGGCCCUGCUGCGCAUCCGCCAGGGCGACUUGCUGGUGGUGCCGUGGCCUGGCCCAGGCCUCACACCUCACCUGGCAGGGCUGAGUGCUGAGCUGCUGCCCGUCUUCCUGAGCGAGGCUGUGGGCAGUGAGUCUUGA